CGGCCCGCCAGUCCGCCGCGUUCCGCUGUAGGUAGUGUACGUGAUUCGUUUUAUAUUUUUUACACCUCCGCACAAAACUGUUAAUCCACUAAUUGUGACCAAAAUAUCUGUGCUGUGCUUUUGUGUUUGAGUCCAUAAACUCGAUUUUGCCCAAUAAAGGAUUAAAAUAGAUAUAUCCGUACAAUGGACACUGAGGAGGUGUGCAGUGUAGUGUAAGUGAUCUAGUGAUGUGACUAUGCCCUCGGAUAGUGGUACCGCGUGGUCGCCGCCUGCCUCCACGGAGCGGCGACUCAGCAACUCUUCCGAUGGCAGUGCCGGCAGCGGAUAUUCCAAAGCUACAUCAGACAGUGCGGAUUUCCUCGCAACUCGUCCACACACAGCCGCCGUGAUCCCCGGCAAGCCUGCUGGCAACCCACUGCAAUUUAUCAAGGUUGGACCCGCAGAUUUGGGCACCAGGGCCCGGGAGCAGUUGAGAAGAGCUGAGCUCGCAAAGCGAACAGAACCCGCCCGGAUAGAAAGGCAGGAGGAGUGGCAGUCGAACUUAGACAAUUGGAAGUCAUCACGGCGGAAGCGAGUUGAGCACAUUAUUGAACGGUGCGUUGAGGUAAAGCGGUUUGAGCACGAGAUCAACCAGCCCCGUGGCAAGGGCAAGACAUUCAACGAGAUGCUGGAGGAACGGGCUGGAAGGAGACGGCGUAACCAUCUCGCCUUAUAUACAGAUGAUGAUGCACACGACCUCAGUGACCUUGGAAUUGGAACCUCCAGUACCAAGAGCAGCCUUAGUGAAGACUGUGACACGCAGAGCUUGGCUAGCGAUGGCAUGGAUUUGGAUAAAAACCACUUAGAUAUGGACAAUCUGUCUAAUUAUGAAGGCAACCGAAAAGUGGGAUCCAGUGCCAAUGAAUACGACACUAGUACGACUACGACUAUAAGCUCCCCUGAGCCAGAAGAAUAUACGUACGAAGGUGCGAUAGAAGGAUAUAAGUCCAGAAUCAUUUCGACUACAAAUAGCAACAUUGUCAAAACUGUCGUUAAUAAUAACAGCAAGGACAAGUCUCCGGAAAAAUCGAAUGGUGAUAUACAUAAAAUAAGAACAUCUGUAAGUAAUAAAAUUGAAGAAAAACUUUUCUCAUUCCAACAAGAGCGAACUAACGACUUAAGGAACAAUAAUCCAAAGAAAGGUUUACCUAAAGUCGACAUACAUAAACGUAGAGAACAGUUUGAAAGGGAAAAUUCGCAGGAAUCCCAAGUUAACAAAUUUAAAUUGCCUGAUAUUGCGAAUAAAAAAUCAAUUAAAGAAAGACUGUCUAGUUUAGAAAAAUUCACAGAAGAAAACCAAGUGCAAAAAUCUACAAGUGAUCUGACAAAGUUACCAACGGAAGUGAAACCUUUAAAAGAGCGUUUAUCAUCUUUGGAAAAAGUUAAAACCACAGAGCCUGAAAAAAUGAAGCGACUCUCUAAUGGAGAUUUAAGUAACACAAAAUCACUAAGGGAGCGAUUGUCAAGUCUCAAAUCACAAACAUCGGAAGAAGAAGUAAAAGUAAUGAAAACUGAAGUAAAAGAGGUUUCAAUGAGUCUUAAAGAAAGAUUGUCAUGUCUCGAUGCAGCAAAAAAUAAGGAAAAACCUAGGAUAUCUGUAGAAGAACAAAUAAACAGUAUAAUUAAUGCUGCGGAAGAAACAACAAACACUUUGAAAAAUGAAGCACCCGACGACAGUGUGUUGAAAUCAAACCUCACAGCAAUAGAAAGUCAAAUGCAGAGCUUCUGUCGCUCUUUAGACAGCUUAGAUAUAAACGAUCAAACCUCUUCCAACUCGUUCGAAAGAGUUCAAAGUCUAGAAGAUUUAUGCGCGGAUAUGCAAAACAAUACAAUCCCAAGUGAUAUAGAAACAGAAGAUAGUGGCAUACAUACCGCGAGAGAUUCUUAUGCACCUGCAGAUGAUAUCGCUGAUCUCACACAAGUGGCUUCUCCAAUCGGAGAACCUAUGGUUGAGGUUUCCGAAUACGAAUCGUCGAAUGAGGAUUGUUUAACAUUUGAAAGUAAAAUGGAAAAAUCUACAGAACAGCUUACAGAAAGUCCCGAGAGUGAAAACAAAGAUCUCUUCAUAGAGGAGUUCGGUGAUGACAACAAGACUGAAGAUACCGACAGUGCAAGUAAUUAUACACAAGCUUUGUCACACCCUGAUGAACUGAGUGUCACAGAUGAUGUAACAGAAAUUCAAGUCGAUAAAGACGAUGAAGACACCUUAAAAAGUUUGGAAAAUCAAGAUUCCAGUGUAAGUUUAAAUGAGCCGGUAUCGGUGGGGUCGGACGGCGAUGCCGUGGUGUUUGAGGGAAAAAUGACCAUACAUCUGAACUUGAAUGAAAUAUGUAACAACUCUGGUGCUGGGACCGCUGCUAGCGAGACUAGUGCAAGCAACACUAACAGCAACAACUCUACUAACAAAAGCAUGCCUAUGGUAACUGUCUCUGAUAUUACCACUACUACUAACAUUUCGCCAAAAAAUUCCAUUAAAACAUUUAGACUACUCGAACAAAACGCGCAUAUUAACAAAGCCAUUAACGUAGUAUCAUUUCAGUCGCAGUGUCGUAGAGUAGGUCACGAAGUAGCUCAAUUUAGCCAUAUCCCAUCUAAUAAUGUAUGUAUGUCUAAUGAUACUCGUAAUAUUCCCAGUAAUGCAGCUAGUGAUGGUGACGCGGUCAUAGACGCUUUAGAACUAGCGUUCAAAGAGCUCGAUUCGGAAGAAAGUGCAAACAUUACGAUGAGUGACACUGAUAAAUUGGAUGAAUCUAACGUAGAAAUAACAAAAACCAAAGUGUCCGAAUCUGAUUUUGGUAACAAACGAGUGCCAGUGACGCCAUUGUACGAAAACAUAGAUAUAUUUGGUCAAAACAAUGUCGUAGACGCAGGCACAUUUCCGCUGGACUUACCAGCAAAUAUAUUAGAGCCACCCAAGGAAAAACCGCCACCACCGCCAGCUGAAGAGAGUCCCGAUGACGAACUACUUGGAAAUGGAAAUUUCAAACACGCAAACUCCGCGCGUCGUAUUAAAAAGGAGAUUCGUAACAAACGUACCAGUUUUCUUGGUAUCGAGGGCCAGGAUGACAGCUACCUCGACGUGGACCUAACCCUGGCUCCAAGACCAGACAUCACCUCUUUCCUGCAAGAGGAGACGAAAAUAGAGAAGCUCCUAUACAAGAAAACCCUUUCCCAUGAUAUGGACGCAAAGUUGAGGGAUAGUAGAGAUUCAGGAGUCGAUAUUGAUAGAGGACCCUCGGCUGAGGCCUGGUAUAAGGGAUCGUCGCCUGAGACAUCCACACCGCAUAGCAGACAAAAUAGUGAGCCAUAUACCCAAAUGACAGUGACGUCAGACGAAGAGGAAACUUCGAAAAAGAAAAAUGAAACAUUUGCUAAAGAUCUCACUGAUAAAUUGAGCGACUUACCGAAUGAAUCGCAUGAUAAAAUCGAUCAUUUAGACAAGAAACUACAACAACAACAGCGUGAAAGUUUAACUCAUCCGCCAUUUUAUGUGUGUGUAAAUAACAAGAUGGCCGACAUGGUACAUUCACAGGCUCGCAUUAACGAAGAUUGGCACGAGCGCCAUUUUGACGAUGCCCACACAAAGGAAGUACUGCGAUUCGAAAGAGAACUCCUACAACUCGAGCAAGAAGAAUUAAGAAGGCAAAAGGAAAACCUACUGCGUGAUCAACACAGAAUCAUUCAGAAGUCCAUACAAGAUAUUUCUGUCGCUAGUACGCCAGAAAAGAGAAAAGGCGUUCAGAACUACAGACACUCAAUGCCAAAUUUGUUAUUGGCUGAACACAGUCCUAUUCACAAACCACCACCUCUGCUCGAGAAUCCUAUCAUAGACGAGAGCUUGAAACGAAAGCCAUUCGUCUCAGAAGAACAUAUUGUGAAUCAUUUUGGUGUUGAAGAAAGCAGAAAAGUAUUGUACGAUGACAAACCUAAGUAUGAUAGAAGAGUACCUGUAAGACCGGCCCAACCAGUUCUUCCACCCAAACCAAAAAGCAGAGAAUCUAUAGAACGGGAGAUUACCAUGAGGAGUAGUAGAACUCCGUCAGCCGUGGAGUAUGCGAAUGUUGAUAGAAACGGUGUCCAGCUCAGACAGAAACCUGUGAAUGCCAAUGGGCAAUAUCAUCCCAUGACCAGACAUACACUUCAAGCGCUAAGUGCAGCUCCUACACCAAAAUUGAUCUCAAAUACGGAGUGGAUGCAGAACCGCAACCCUCCGCGACAAAAACCUCCUAACUAUAACUACAACCAACAUUGGCUUGUUCAGGAGGCGGAACAUCGUCGUAUAGAGGAGCAACGAAACAAGAUGCGAGCACGUCACUCAUACCACGACCUCGCUCCAACUGCUGCGCCGCACACGCCUAAUCUCUCACCCACCAAAAACGUCCCACAUGCGAACAGUCAACAAGUUGUGCAAGAGCGGCGACCUAUCCGGCCCGACAUUAGCCGUGACCGUCCUGAAGCAAACCGUGAUGACAAACUUCUUAGUGUUAGUGGGAAAAGGAAAUGCUCGCAUUGUGGAGAAGAAUUAGGUCGUGGUGCAGCUAUGAUAAUCGAGUCUCUGUCGCUCUGCUACCACGUGUGGUGUUUCACAUGCGCCGUGUGUGGCGGUGCCUUGGGAGACGGCCGAGCUGGGGCAGACGUACGCGUGCGACACAACCGCUUACAUUGCCAUCAUUGCUACUCCACUGACGAUGGAGACAAGUACUCCAGGGUCUGAUCAAAAAUAUCUAUGUAAAGGAACAAAAUUGAUUUAUUUCAGAUUUAUAUUUUUCAUGUUGUGUCGUUUGAGAUUUGGUGAUAGUAAAGAAAUAAUGUGAUCUUCGUGGAGUUGAAGAAUAAAACUACCAAUUAUUCUGGUGUUUCUAAGGUUACACUAAUUUUAAUUUCAUUGGGAUUUGUUACAACGGCAUCUAGUGUGAUUAUUACUUACUAUUUUUUAAUAUAAAAAUUUAAAUCUAAUUUUUGUAUGUUAAUCAAUGGUUUCUACAUGGGUUCGAAGACUCUUUACAUUGGUUGAGUCGCCCAUUGAUACAUAUAAUCAACAAUAAUGAUAGACUUACAUGUUUAUGCUGGCUAUAUUGCCGCAUUUUGUCAUUUGUUUGUAAUUACUAACUUUAAAAGAUCAUCUAGAUAAAGAUACUGUAUAUAAAAACUCUUUUGAAUUUCAUAAUGCCAAAAACUUUCCCAUUCUUUCUAUUCUUUUGAUUUUUCCUAAUAUACGUUAGUAUUUAUCGUUAAAGCUGAUUCUCUAUUCAACUUCAGUCUUGUCAUGUAUGUAUGUUAUAUACGGUAAUUUUCAAUCAUCAAUACAUUAAAAUGUGUUUCUGUCUAUAACUAAUACUUCUAUACCACAGCUGUUAUGCUACUUAUAUAAUCGAGUGUAUCUUCUGUGGUAUUCUUGUGUCUUCGCUGAUGGCGUCAAGCAUCAGUUCUCUCACAAAACGUCUCUGAACUCAGCCAGUUCUGAGUUCAUUAUUGCACGCUUUUGUUUUUUUUUACUUUUGUUUAAGCGCCAUCUAUGUUAGCUAGUUCUACUUUCACAAUAGUUUUGUUGGUUAAUCUUGAAAAUUUUCACGAUACUUCGUCAUGUGUUCAAUCUAAGUUACAUAUUUUAAGUUUUCGUAUCAUUACACCGAUAACAUUGUUAUGAAACAUUAUAUAUAUUUUGUGCCAUGCCAUAACAUGUCUUCACUUCUUAAAAGCAUAUAUUUGUUUUAGAGUUUUAACUUGGGGGAGUGUUGUAUAGUAUUGUAUAUAAACUUAUUUAUGUCAGUGUUAAAUUAGCUUUAAUAGAGUAUUUUAGGUUUAUAUAGAAAACAUUUAUCCAAAAAUGUGUAUUGUUUGUUUUUCAUGUAAAAUAUUAAUGUUAAUUUAGUUUAUUUUGUAUCGCAUCUCUAACAUCUUAAAUUUACUUCUAAGAGUUCAGUAAAGAAACUAAUCGUAAACCUUUGACUAUCGAACAUCAUUAUCACAUUGUUUUGAGUAAUUGUAAACUUUAAAUUUGAAAACAAAGAAUUGUUUAGAAGUUGAUCUUAAAAUAAGACUUAUUAUUAAAUAUGUUAUAAAAAUAUAUAAAAAAUCGCGAUUAGUUUCUAUAUUGAAGAUAUAUUUUCUGUGUUAUUGCACUAAUUGUAAUUAUGUGUACAUUGUCUAUAAGCCUAAGACGAUCUGUAUAUCAAUAAAUGUUUCGAAUCUA